GCUCGUGCUACUCGUGCGGUAGUCGGUAGUCUACUCUUUCGAACAAUGUACCACCGUAACUUUCCAAGUUUACCCUUCUGGUUUCUUUCUCCGUUUCCAGCACGGUACAUGUACUGUACCGGUAGCUUACUCGGAGCAGAUGACACCGGUAAAGAUUGUAGUGCAGAAGUUUAUCCGACGACGAAGAGAACCAGAAAUUCUUCCAAUCGCAAAGCGUUUUGGUUGGCCACCUGGCUUGGACUUAGGGGCUUCUUGAUUGACUGGAGAAGACCAUCCUCAUCUCCUCAUCACCCCAGCAAGAUUUCCGUAGAAAAGUUCUCGCAUUUAUUCAAGCACUCUGCCAUCAUAGCUACCACACAGUGUAGUGGGCUCUAUCUGUGCAUAAGCAGCGAACUACGGUAUUCUCACAAAAACUUCAAUUGUGGGUCGAAGAAUCUGAUCAGCAUUGAAAGAGUACUAGUAGUCUACCCACAACCAACAUGAGCUUACCAGAGACAUUUGAUCCAAGCACCAUGAUGGAGCUCACAUGCAGAGCAGUGUCUUUGUUGAUGCAGGGGAGAUAUGAGGAGUCACAGGCCUUGCUGCACGUAGCCUUGCGAAAUCUUAUGAGCGUUGCCUCCCCCGAGGUAACAAAUGAACGUCCACAAGCCUUCAUGGCAGGCGAAUCACUCUACUUUGAAAGCUUCAUAAUUCCUUUCAAUAACGCUACCGGGACCAGCUCUGAAGCGUUUGAUGUGUUCAAUCGAGCUCUCGUGAUCCGCCCGGGUGGCAACCCAGCUGCCGCCAUUGCUGGAUGCCCUCAUUUGCUCGAGAGACUAGCAACCGUGCUUCUCUAUAACUUGGCACUUUCUCUGCAUUUAAGAGCACUGGAAACUGGAAGUAGUAAGAAUCUUCGCAUGGCCCUGCACAUCUACCAACGUGCCAUGGCCUUGUUGGUGAAUGUGAAUACCGGUGCUGUCGACGAUGACAGCAUUGUGGCGUUGGCGUUGCUGAACAACAUGGGCCACAUCCACGAGGCAUCCUUUUCCUGUCACAAGGAAGCGUCCACUUGUUUGAGCUUGCUCCGACAGAUCUUUGAAGGAAUUGAUUCCAGCCACGCCCUCCGAGAUGACGAGUCUCUCUUCUUCUACUUGACUCUCUUUUUGUACCCGUCUUACCAAAAAGGUAUGGCCGCUGCAGCUUAGACGGACGUACCGGUACCGGGUGUCUUGAACACGAUAACUUCGACAAUACUGCACAUUCGACUCUUCAUGAAAGUAAUUAAUUCUGACUAGAGGAUCUUUACAAAACUCUAUAGCAUAUAAUGCAAAUAAACGUUUCUCACUUUCAUGUCCUCCACUCCGGUUUUGUAUCACUGAUGUCUCU